AAGAAAACUACUGUCACCUUAAUGUUCACUUUUCACCUUAAUCUUCCAAUUAAAAACCAACGUUUGAUUAUUCUAUUGACACAGUACGUGGUCAUCUUAAAGGAAAGUGACUGUGAUGCAACUACCGCUCAAACUCAAAAUUUCCGUAUAUAUUUCAUAAUAUUUAUAAGGAUUUAAAAGUCUUGAAAGCUCAAGUAUUCUGAAGUGGUUUUUGUUGCUUCUUCUUCAAGUUCUUGAAGGCACUUAAACAAGAAUCAAGAAAACACAGAAAAAGAAAAGGAUAUGAAUCUUUUCGAUUUACUUCUUGGAAGGAGAUUCAGAGCCUCAAAAUUCAAGAUUCUUGCAAAACUUGCAAUCUCUAGAGUUGCUAUACUCAAGAAUCAGAGACAAGUUCGUUAUUCCCUUGCAAAAUCUGAUGUAAUUCAGCUUCUGAAUCUCGGUCAUCAAGAACGAGCUCUACUUCGCGUUGAGCAAAUGAUCAAGGAGCAGAAUUUGAUAGAUGCCUUCGUCAUGAUCGAGAAUUAUUGCUACCUGCUACUAGAUAGGGUUAUGCUACUUAAGAAAGAGAAGGAGUGCCAUGAUGAAGUCAAGGAAGCUAUAUCAAGCUUGAUCUUUGCAUCUUCAAGAUGUGGAGAAUUUCCAGAACUGCACCAGAUUCGUGGGAUUUUCGUGUCAAAAUUUGGGAAAGAAUUAGCUACUCGUGCUAUUGAGCUGCGAAAUAACUGUGGAGUGAAUCCUAAGAUUAUACAAAAGCUGUCGGUUCGACAACCAAGCUUUGAUAUCAGAUUGAAAGUCCUGAAGGAUACAGCUUCAGAGAAUGGUAUUGUCUUGAAUUUGGAGGAAGAUGCUCCUAAGCCUCAAGACAAAUCAAGGGGACCGCAAGAAAUCGAUAAUACUCUUGCUUUGGCCGAGGUGUCGAGUCCUGAUAAUAAGUUAUGUGAACCACUGAAAGUAAGGAAGUAUACAGAUGCAGCUAGUGCUGCUCUAGUGGCUUUUAAAUCGGCAGCUUACGCAGCAACAGCUGCAAGAGCUGCUGUCGAGCUCUCGAGAACUGAAACUCGGGGAAGUAAUCAAGAUUAUCAUCCCUUUGAUGAGUCAAUUAUACCAUAUGAAGAUUCAGAGGAGAAGGAAAACUCGGAUAGUACAUUAGUAUUUGACAAAACUUAUCCAAUUUACUAUCCGAGCUCUGAAUCAGAUGGUGAAAAUUUGGCAGAAAACAAUGAAAGAAUGCAUCUCAAGGAACCGGAGAUGAUCAAAGAUAAGCCUGGCAUAGACAGAACUUCUGCUUCAAGCACAGUUUCUGAAAGGAACAUUCCAUCAGCAGAGCACCGAGAUAUGAAUUCUUAUAGAAGUCCAAGAGUCCCCACAAAUGAAAUCCAAAGCCUUACCAGUUUGAUGGAGGAAUAUGACUCAGAUGAUGAUGUGAAUCAGCUGCCACAGAAAUCCCCAAUCUGGAUUUCACUAAAUCCUGAAGAUGACAAGGUAGAAGGAAGAUCUAACUCGGCAAAAAUGCAGAGGAGAAACUCGGACAAGCAACUAAAUUUGCAGCAAGCAAAACUAGAUAAAAGACCUUUAUCAAUGAGAACUGGGAGAGUAAAGAGGGAUUGAGAAGUACAUGAAAUUGUAUAAAUUUUGUUUUGUGAUAUACAUAUAAAGUUUCCAUAAGGACAAUUUGCUA